AUGACUUAUUCAUUGUCCUUCACUGACUGCCAGAAAGACAACGUGUCAGUGCUGUUCACCACCCAGGCACCAGAGGGAGCUGGAGACUCAAAUGAAAGCUGCCGCUUUGAUGAGGAGUUUAAGUACAUCUUGCUGCCAGUGUCAUACACCCUGGUCUGUGUUCUGGGGCUGGUGCUCAACUCAAUGGCGCUGUGGAUGUUUGUGUCCAAAAUGCGGCCCUGGAAAUCCAGCACCGUAUUUAUGUUCCAUCUGGCUGUGUCAGACACUCUCUACGUGCUCUCUCUUCCCACCCUCAUCUACUACUAUGCCAACCGCAGCCACUGGCCGUUUGGGGUGGUGCUCUGCAAAUUGGUGCGCUUCCUUUUCUACGCCAACCUGUACUCCAGCAUCCUCUUCCUCACCUGCAUUAGCGUGCACCGUUACCUGGGCAUCUGCCACCCUAUCCGUUCCCUGUCCGUGGUGAAGCCGUGCCACGCCCAGCUGGUGUGCGGUCUGGUGUGGGCUACUGUCACCAUCUGCCUGGUGCCCAACCUCGUAUUUGUCACCACCAGCCAGCGGGACAGCGACACGCUCUGCCACGACACCACGAGGCCCGAGGACUUCGAGCAGUACGUCAACUACGGCUCGGCCGUCAUGACCCUGCUAUUCGGCAUCCCCUUCCUGAUCAUCGUUGUGUGUUACUGCCUGAUGGCGCGGGCGCUAUGCCGACCCACUCGCGGGCUCUCCCCCGGCUGGCACCAGGCAACCUCCCGCAGGAAGUCAAUCACACUGAUCGCCAUGGUGCUGUUGGUCUUCGCCAUGUGCUUCGUGCCUUUUCAUGUAACACGCACCCUCUACUAUGCGUACCGUGUGCUGGACGCCGACUGCGCUGUGCUCAACACCGUUAACUUCACCUACAAGAUCACAAGGCCGCUGGCAAGUGUCAACAGCUGCAUCGACCCCGUCCUGUACUUCCUGGCUGGCGAUCACUACCGCUCCAAGCUGAUCCGAGCCCUCACCAGGCAGGCGCAGAGCACCGCCCGCUCCACCGCUGCCUCAGCACAGCCGCAACCCUCCAUCAACCACAGCAUCGCGCUCAUCUACAAGCACAUGGACCUUAAGACCCACGACGAGCUGAAAAGCUAA